CGGCCUGCCCUCAUUUCUGUGCCUGUUCCCGGCCGCGCCGUGACUGAGGAGCGAUGGGGCCCCUGCGGGAGAGCGGCAAGGAGCAGAAGACGCAGCUGGAAAGGGAGGUGUCCCGCAGCCGCAUCCCCCGCCUGGUCCUCCGGCCGCAGCAGAAGGUAUCCCCAGCUUCCGAAUCCCCCUUUUCAGAAGAGGAAAGCCGGGAAUUCAACCCGCCCAGUUCCUCCGGCCGCUCCGGCAGGACCAUCAGCAGCAACAGCUUCUGCUCAGAUGACACUGGCUGUCCUAGUAGCCAGUCAGUAUCUCCAGUUAAGACUCCUCCUGAUGCUGGAAAAAGUCCAAUCAGUUUUUGCACUGGUAGCGAUGGAGAUUUCUCCAGGAAGAAAUUCAGUCCAGGGUCAAUGAGUGAAGGGAACAUACAGCUGGCUCGAUAUAAGAAGGACACAAAGACAAGCCUUGUAAAGCCCGGCAGUGAAGCUGAUUUUAGCUCUUCAAGCAGCACGGGCAGUAUUUCAGCACCUGAAGUCCAUAUGUCUGCUGCUGGAAGCAAAAGAUCUUCUUUUUCUCGCAAUCGUGGCCCUUAUGGUCGGAAUAACGGAUCCUUAUCCUACAAGUCUGGAGCCAGCCCACCUGCUUCCCAUGGAAAGGACCCUUCGUCAACACUGUGCAAAACCCAUCUGAAUCCUGCUAAUAUCCAUCAGAGUUACAGGGCUUCUUCAGCCAGCAGCAGCAACUCAGGCUCAUACAAAGGAAGCGACAGCAGCCCAGUGAUGAGGCGAUCAGGGAGAUACAAUUCUUGUGGUGACAAUCACAGCAUUAAACCACAAAAUCCAGAGCAGUAUUUGACUCCUCUGCAGCAGAAAGAAGUGGCAGUACGGCAUUUGAAAACCAAGCUGAAAGAAUCUGAGAGCAAACUUAAAGAAAGGGAAACAGAAAUAGAAGAGCUUAAAGCUCAACUGGGACGGAUGAGGGAAGACUGGAUUGAGGAAGAGUGCAAUCGUGUGGAGGCAGAGCUUGCCUUAAAGGAAGCAAGAAGUGAAAUUAAACAACUCAAGCAGGUUAUUGAAACCAUGAAAAACAGCUUGGCUGAGAAGGACAAAAAAAUUCAGAAAUACUUCAUAGACAUAAACAUUCAAAACAAGAAACUGGAAUCUUUGCUGCAGAGCAUGGAGAUUGCUCAAAACCACUCUGUGAGGGAUGAGCAGUGCCUGGAAUACACAUGCGACUCAGAGGGGAAGCCGUUAGCAUUGUGUGCCACUGUGCCAGACAGCCUCAUCCCAGAGGAAGAAACUCUGGAGGAAGUGGCAGACAGUGAGCUGCUUCUCAGUGAAGACAGAGCUCAUGGGACUGACUCAUCUGGAGGGAGUUUGACCACCACAACCUCCGAGUUGAGUGAUCCUGCUCACUUCAGUGCUUCUGUAACUAAAGAAAUGCUUGAAAUCGUUCUGGACGGAAAACUAACUUACUGCCAGGAAGCAGAGAAAAGCAACAAUAUGAUGGUGGAGCAGGCCAUCCAGACUGACGUGGUGCCAUAUAGCCUAGAUGUGGAGCAGCUCAUUCAAAACAUCUUCAGAGCUCAAGAUACCUGCCCUCUAAGCCCACCUUCUUCACUGAAGGAAUUGGGUGAAUUUUCUCUUGAAAGCUUCAGUGAUUCUGGUAUCAUAGUGGACUUAACUCCAAGUGAUCCCAAUUCUGCCAUCCUUUUGUCUCCCAUGGAGUCUCCAUGCAGAAAAGUGGAGCACGGAGUUAAUGAAAAUCGUUUCAUGAAAGAACUUGAUUUUACAGAACCUCAUGAUGAUGAAGGCUUUGAGUAUGUCAAUACAGGAAUAAAGAGGAGAUACUGGAGCAGCAGUCUCCUUGGAGAUCUUCUGGCUGUAGCAGCCCCUGUUGUACCAACUAUUGUGUGGGCUUUGAGUACUCAGAGAGGAGGAACAGAUCCUAUUUACAAUAUUGGAGCAUUGCUUCGUGGUUGCUGCCUGGUGGCCCUGCACUCUUUACGCCGAACACCCUUCAAUAUCAAAACCUAAAGUCUACUCUGUCCCUGGGCACUAACUGGCUAUGGCAGAGAGAAGGAGGGAUGAAAUAGAUUAUAAAAAGUUACUGUAUAUUCUGGCAGAGUCCAUCAUUUUGCUUUUGACUAUUUGAUUUGCACUAUAAAUCACUUCAAAAACAUGUUCCUUGUUUCAAAAUAAAAAA